AUUUCUGGUAGAGGGUCUGGGUACAUAUCAUUGAUAUAUAUCUGUGAAAUCAAAGCGUGUAAAACUUAGCGAAAUAUUCUGCUAGCUACUCAAGGGCCAGGGCUGGGUCAGACUGGCAGUUAAGGAGUUAAGGUCAGGGUAAAGGGUAAGGGUUGAGCUAGUAAUAUCAAAGCUGGUGUUUGCCGAAAGUCUGAGUGCACGUGCUGCGCAUUGUGUUGCACGUGCUGCGCAUCAUGUUGCACGUGCUGCACAUCGUGUUGCACGUGCUGCGCAUCAUGUUGCUAUACUAUUUUAUAUUAUUGCCAUAUUGCUGCACAUCAUGUUGCUAUAGUAACGAGUGUGUUUAGCUGUGUCACGUCACCUGGUGUAUGUUACCCCGGCUAGACAAGCACGUUGCCACUCUCGCUUACUACAUCAGAUACAACAAUGUUGACCAGUUUCUUCGCUACUACGAUACAGAACUGAAUAACCUUUCCCAAACACAGGUGAAGGACGUUAAGGAGAAAGCGGUCGCCCUGUCGGAGUAUCCUGAGAACAAGUUUAGAUCAGUUCUAACGACCCUGUUUGGCAAGAUGCCAGCUCUUCUGUCCGACAAUCUUUCUUCUAGCAGUGACAGCAGCUACGUCUCUACGGUCACUGAUCUCACGGCGGACCCUGUCCCAGUGUCAGAGCCCGCCGUGGCGCACAUUACCGCAGCGCAUGUAAGCGCAAUGCAAGUCAGCGCACCUCUUCUUAACAACAGCCACACAGGCAAACAGAUGAAGAAGAAAUCUCACCGCAAGAGGAAGAAGGGCUCCGCGGCGGCUACAUCGCCCACCGACAAAGUGAUCCUGCCGCCGCCACCACCUCCUGUUUUAGAGACACCUAGUAUCACAUCAGCUUCAUACGCCGACAUGCUCCGCAAACCUCAGCCCCUUAUUCUGUCGGAGUGCUCCUCGGAAACGGACCUAUCUCCCCCCAUGUCCAAUUCCUCCAUAUCCACCCACUCGACCUCGUGUCCUGACAUCGCCUGGGACAAAUGUCCGCCCUCCCAGUGCAAACACACGCAACUGGAGUUCUUGAACGAGAGCAGUAUUUCUAGCAGCGACAACCAACUUGCUAAUGUCAUAUCUAUUAGCCAGGCGGGCGAUUUGCAGUCAGUCUUCGAGUCAAGCAAGAGUGAGAGAUCAAACUAUCAGAACCAGUCGCCGACGACCCUACGUCCUUACUCAAUAUACAACCAUCAAUCGGAUACAAUGUCAGAUAGCCAUCAGAAACUUAUUAACUACUUUUCCAGAGAAUGGAGGAAAGUACAGAAUUCAAACAAAGAUAUUAGAGCUAGAUAGAGUCUCUGUCCCGGACGAUUUCUUAGCUUAUAGUGUAGAAUUUAUAUAUAUUUUAAUGGUAUAGUAAUAAUAAAAACUUUAAUUUUCGAAGGAUGAUGAACUUCAAAUGUGAAAAUUAAUUUAUUUUGUUUCGAUAAAGCUGAGUUUUGAGUUUUGCAAGUUUCAAAAGAAUGAUAUGAUGAUAUGAUGAUUAGAACGGGGUACUUACUGUACGAUUCCACUUUUUACGGUUUUUCCCUCAUUUUUUCUGUGAACUCUCUUGCAAGUCACCGUGUGCAUGAUCUAGAUACAAUGUACAUACUAAAUGGACUUAAAAGCUACAUAUUUUAACUUAUUAAUAUUAUUACAAUUUCUACAAAGUGAUUUAUAUUACACAGACCAUUUAUAUAUUAUGCGAUAUUAGAAUUUAGUUCUAUGUAAAAAAUUAUGAAAUGAUGAGUAGCUGCAAAAGUUAUGUAUAAUAGAUCCGUUAGUUCCGUAAUUGUUUUCAUAGGGGUUUCAUAUGAAUACCCCUUAUCUGCCCUAAAAUUAGAUAUUUUAAAUUUUGUCGACCGUUUGAUAAUCGGACUGCCAAAAUGAUUUCAAUCAAAGCCUCCUAUGAGCUGGUCAAAAUAUUCAGCUUUUUGAUGUUGCUUUGAAUUAAACAACAACACUUACGCAGUUUUGGAUCAUUCGAACUGACGGUCGCCGGAAAUUCAACCUUAGGGCUGAUAAGGUAUCAAAUGUAAUUAAGAAUAAUGUGACUUAAAUUUAGUCUACGGUGUUAAAAUCUUUAUAAAUGCAACAAUUUGUUGCCAUAACUGCAAUUAUAUGAGGACAGUUUAUUAAGCAGCGGCCUGUCUUUUUGAUAUUGAUUGAGCUUGUGCACAGUGUCAGGGAUACGAGAGACCCUCUGAAUUGUAAACAAAACGACACAGAAUAUUACCUUAUAUGGGCAUCACGUGUGACCCUCCAAAGUCUCUGAUAUAAGCCGGAAAAAUUGUUUUGUAUCUUUAUAAAAAGCUCAAAUGAUAUAUUAUAAUGUGUACAGAAGUGUACCGAAUAUAUACUGAUGGUUGAACUAUUUUCCGAGAUAACAUGUCAACACCUGUAACCCGAUUAUUGUAAAAGUACCUUAUAUGGUAGUGUAACCAUGGUGAUGUUACCUUAUGUGGUAGUGAUAUACCAUCAACACAGAUCUACCGCCGAAUGCAUGGGGUUGAAUUAUAAGCUUCUUGCAAGUGUGUUUAUUAUUUCAAUAUGUAGUAGCUAUGUUCCGUUGCGAAGUUGUAUGUCGAAUUUUUAGGAUUCGUAAUCAUUAGUUUUUA